CCGACUGAAAGGGGUCCUCAUGAUAGGAGAUCGAGUGGCUCAGAUGAAGUCCGACGAGGAUGAGUCUGAGACCUUGAUAUCAAGCAGGAGUCGACGCAUGAAUCGCACGUCUGCGUAGGGCUGAACUCGCGACUUGCAGAAGCCACUCGGCUCUGCAUCAAGGAUUGUCCAAUGCCCGUCAUUGUCAUUUUUCAAUGUCUUGACAGGAUGGCCAUGCAUCGAUCGACCGGCUGGUGGUUGUUGGUUACGGCCAAUUGGUACCAUCAAAGGCGGCCCCAACCAUGGGCGUUGUUGGCUUGCUCAUAGGGCUGAAAUGGAGGGGCAAGCUCUUCUUUAACAUAGAGGUACCACGCAGGUAUGGACCGUGCUCGUCGACCCCGCCAUCCAUCCCUCUCCGCCUUCCCCUCCAACGGCAUGUUCCUAUCUCCAUGAUAUCGGCCGGUAUCUGGUUCGGGUCAACGCACCGGCGUUUUGUUAAAAAGACAGGCUGAAAAGCAAGGCUUGACAAGCAAGCCAGCGGCGCAAAGCUUCGAGCUGGCGGUAUAACGUAUGUGGUGAAUCGGGACACGAUGGCUCUAGACCUAGUGUCAAUGGAGAAGGACCGUUUCUGACAAAUGGAGGACACGCGAAAGUUCCCAAAUGGGUGAUGGUGAGGGAGGACGGCAGUAGUGUUUUGGUGGCACGAGGUCGCUGCGUCAUCACCGUCGUCGCCUGUCCCCCCGUACCCCGUGGGAUUUUGGUGGAGGCGCGGUGCAGCUGUCUUGAUGCAAUACUGAUGUCGAAGGGUAAGGUAACGGGUGGGGUCCAGAGCGUCUGCAUUCGACCCCAAUUCCAGGUAGAGCUCCUUCCCAUCGAGGAAGACUUGUUCCAAAACAUUCCGUCACGUAAUAAACGGAGAACCGUCACUGAUGAUUAUUUCGGCAAUCAAUUACACCCGCGCCAGCCAAUCCCGAACUCAGACGUUAGCCACCAAGGUGAGACGAUAGAGUUGAGCAUCGCAGCCGUGUGACGGCUUGCCACGCAGACUAGCUGGAGUUCAGCGGACACAAGUCGGCAUUAUUACUAUUCUUUGCCUUAUUUGCCCUCGCUCAGAGCACUCGAUAGGACUGACGCACUGGUUUCUCUCGGACUUUCCAAGAUCGAUGUGCGAAAGGAAAUCAUCGAGAUGCAAUAUGCAUGGUACAUAUAACCCGGGCCGCCCGCAUGCCCUGAACGACAAGAAAAAGUGGGCUGAACGGCGGCCUGAACGAGCCGUGGUCGCCUGCAGGUAUCAUUCAUAUCCCAUAUUAACGAGCCUCGCCCACCUUCCCCCUCAACCCCCUUGCUCAGGUUCUGUCUUGCAGCAAAGCUGUGCCCGCCUGUCUCCACGACAAGACGUUUCCAGCAGAAAUGAUGCGCCCUUGAGCUGACCUCCAAUAUUAAUCCCUUUUCCCCUGGUGCUCGACCAUUUCUCCUCUUGCACACUCACCUUCACUUUGUUUUAUUGUUGACUGCAAAGCUGGGGCUUCCCUGUCUCCAUACAAACACCGUCUGAACUCAAGCUUCCCUGUUUACUCCAUCGAUCAAGGGCCGGCCCGAACGACUUAUACCGAGGGCUCCGCCAAUCGAACAACAACGUGGGCAGUGUAGGUAAUUUACAAGAGGUGACAGCUCAACGCGCCCCAAGGAUUCUGACAAGCCAAGCGCGAUGGCUUCUCUGAUGCCAGUCCACGCUGUCUUUGCGCCAGCUGGAAAUGGCGCUUCGAAUGGUGGUGGUGGUGGUGGUGGUGAUGGGCAAAAGCCAAAGCGCGCGAGAACAAGCAAACCCAAGGUCAAGACGGGGUGUAACAACUGCAAACAACGAAGGAUCAAAUGCGACGAACUUCGACCAGAAUGCUACAACUGCGUGAGAUCAAAAAAGAUUUGUUCCGGAUACCCUCCUCCUCCGCGCAGCGCCAGACCGUUUGAAGAAAUCAGAAUUGCACCAAAACCAAUUGCCGGUGCCGGUGCCGUUGCGGCCGCUCCCCCACCCGUUCGCGAUGCUCUUCAACUGCAGCCUCACCCACGACGGGUGGCCAAACAGCUCAAGCGGACCACAAGCCCCCUUACACCAGUAACACCUCAAGCGUUCAUGAUGCCAACAAUGCCAACCAUGCCCGUUUUGCCGAUUAACGUCUCGAUAAAUCUCCCAUUCACCGCCGAAGAAGGACUCUAUUUCCAGCUGUUCCGUGAGCGGACGGCAAGUGAACUCUCGGGCUUCUUCGACUCUGCCUUCUGGGCACGAAGCGUCCUGCAGGAAUGCCAUGGCGCAUCCGCCAUUCGGCAUGCGGUUGUUGCUCUCGGAGCCUUGUACAAAACUCUAGAUAAAACAAACGAGUCACCGCCGGGGUCACCAAGUUCAAACGCCAGCCCCUAUGAUAGUGCCAGGAGGCACUGGGAGAUGGCUUUCAAGCAGUACGCCAACGCUCUGAGCGCGCUAAUCAAGGCCGAUUCAGCAGAGUCCUCCAACAGGACGAGAUUGAUGGCGAGCGUGCUGUUGGCAUGCUUUGACUCGUUUGUUGGCGACCACCAGCAAGCUAUUGUCCAAAUCCAAAAUGGGCUUCGACUGUUGGAGAAGCUCCGCCAGGAACGGAGACGGGCAUUCUUACCCAAGCCUGAGGAGCCGGUGGAGGAAGAGCUCAUUCAGAUGUUCACUCGACUAGCCAUUCAAGCAAAAUCCUACGACAUGGCUUUCCAUUUUCCACAACCCUAUGUCGUCCGCCUGACCGCGGCUGCCCAAGACCCCAGCUCACCGGGCUCUGAGGGCGGCUCGCCCAUUUCAACUGACCAAGGUCCCGUCCCAGAGCGAUUCUCAACUGUGCAGGAAGCUCGUAUCGUAUGGGAUCGCCUUGUCGAGCGCAUCUUCCGCUUCACCGAGACCAUGUUUGUUGAGGCUCAACACGGUGUCAUGGGCAUCCUUCCAACUACGCUGGCGCAGCGCGGUAUGGGCUUCAAAAAGGAAAUGGAUGACUGGGCUCAUGCAUUCGAACACAUCCUUCAGUCCAGAACGGCACCGGGCGUGAGCAGCCAGGAAAAGGCAUGCAUUGCUGCAGUGAAGAUGCAUCAGAUCAUGAGUAGUAUUCUGUUUAUGAUGACAUUUUCCGACAGCGAGCUGCACUUUGACAAGUUCACGCCGGAUUUCAAGCACAUUGUGGAUCUCGCUCUGGAAGUUGUUGGUGACGAGGAAAGAAGAGCGGCAGCCAAGCGUUGCCCAGAUCAGAGAUUCUGUUACCACCAAAGCCGAUGCGAACCCGAUAUCUUUGGAGGCCACGAAUACGCCGCACGCCAUAUCAAGCCCAGCUUCAGCGCGGAUCUGGGUAUCGUUCCGCCGUUGUAUGUGGUGGCGACCAAGUGCCGUGACCCCAUCCUUCGACGGCAGGCCAUUCAGCUCCUGAGGAGCAGCGCCAGGAGAGAAGGCAUGUGGGACAGCGAGCUGACGGCACGCAUUGGGAUGUGGAUCGCCGAGGUAGAGGAAGAGGGUUUGUUUGCCCCCAGUGAUUUUGCUCCGUCCCCCACCGGUUCGAGCCCUGUACAGCUGUACUCGCCCCGUCCGUCGACAAGCGGCAGUUCUUUGACGCCGCCGCCUUCUGCGACAUACAGCGGAGGCCGAUCGAGCCUCAGCCCUCAACCUGGGUUCGAGUACACAGACAGCCCGCCUAGUCAGAAUGGAUAUGCACGACAGUCGUCGCUUUCACCCAGUGUUUUGUCGGUGCAGAUACCGAAAAAGAUUGUGCCGGCAGAGAAGCGCGUCAUGGUCAGGGCAGUCGAGUUCAGCCUGCGUGACCGAUCGGCUACGAUACAACUGGGCUCGCGAAACCUCAGACUGGGGACACCGGAUUUGAGGACGAAAGUGACGAGGAUUACGUGGUGAUGGAAUUUUGGGUUUAUCUUUUUGCUUUCUCUUCUUGAAUAUCUCGACUUUCUCAUAUACCCGGACAAGUGCUCUCUAGUCUUGUACAGAGGAGGUCUUUUUUUUUUUCUUUUCUUUUUUUUUUUUUUUUUUCGUUUCGCUUCUUGUCGCAUUGUUGAAACGAUAUUUUUUCAUGUAUGUGAUGGGGGAAAAGGAGGCGGGAACGAAAACGGAAACGGGGGGUUCCAGAAAACGGUACACAGGAGAGCAUGGGUCGAGCAAUUGGAUCUCACGACCUUGCGUGUAUUUUGGGUGUUUUGUUUUGUUUUGCCUAUCUAGCUUGACUUGGUGGCGUUCUGUACAGCCAAUGUUGAAUAGUUGUUUGGUGUUGGAGGCAAGGAGGGUUAGACAAAUCGCCAGGGAACUGCUGUUGUGUGUCUCCCAGCAAAUCCGUUCAUUUUGGAAGAGCUGGUAUCUGAAGAAGUUGGCGGGACGGGAUGGGAAAACAGAACGACGAUGCUCUAGUCUUUUUUCGCUUGGAAGGAGCAAGAUAUUUAAAUAAACCAACCCAUCUUGAUCAAAUUAGAUUGCUUUGGCCGUGAUUGAACUCUUC